AUGCACAAUGGAGGGAUUAGUGAUGAGGCAAUUAGAUUGCGUGUGUUUCCAUUUUCACUCAAGGAACGAGCCAAGGAAUGGCUCUAUUCUUUGCCUAGUGCAUCUAUCACCACAUGGACAGCAUUGGCUUCCAAGUUCCUUGCAAAGUUCUUUCCAGCUCAAAAGAAAAACCAUAUUAGGAAGGAGAUCAUGGGAGUGCAGCAAUUAGAUGGAGAAUCAUUUCAUGAGUAUUGGGAUCGGUUUCAGAGACUCGUAGCUUCGUGCCCUCAUCACCAAAUUGAAGAUUGGCUACUUAUGCAAUACUUUUAUGAGGGAUUACUUGAUUCCGAGAGGAUGAUGGUUGAUGCUACUGGUGGAGGAGGUUUGAUGAACAAGAGUGCUACUCAAGCUAAGGAGAUGUUUGAGAACAUUGCAGCACACACGACACACCACUUGUUCCUCAACAAAAUGCACCACCACUACCUCAUGGGCAAGGAAACAAGGCAAACACAGGCACAAAUGUCUACAGCAAUCAAGAGCCUUGAAAACCAAGUUGGACAAAUUGCAGCCUCCUUGCUCAAAGAGAGCCAGGAAAGUUUCCAAGCCAAGUAA